AUGACCUCCAGGACCCCAGUGUUGGUUACAGCCUGUUUAUACCAUUCUCACUGCAACUUAAGAUGCCUGCAGGGGUGUGUGAGAAAAAGUGAAAAAAAAAAAAAAAAGAAAAAACCACCCACUAGUAUUUCACAUCCCCAGGUGCCAGAAACGCAGAAGGCCAGCUGCGUUCCAGCUCCCCGAGCGGGCCGGGUGACGUCUGCCCAUGUGGCUCCAGACUGGCUCCUCGCCACCAUGAGGGACCUUCUUCAGUAUGUCGCCUGCUUCUUUGCCCUUUUCUCCGCUGGGUUUUUGAUCGUGGCCACCUGGACAGACUGCUGGAUGGUGAAUGCCGAUGAUUCCCUGGAGGUGAGCACAAAGUGCCGUGGCCUCUGGUGGGAGUGUGUCACCAACGCUUUCGACGGGAUCCGCACCUGUGAUGAGUACGACUCUAUCUAUGCGGAGCAUUCCUUGAAGCUGGUGAUAACUCGCGCGUUGAUGAUUACUGCGGAUAUUCUAGCCACGUUUGGAUUUGUCACCCUGCUUCUUGGUCUCAACUGUGUGAAAUUCCUCCCUGAUGAGCCGUACAUUAAAAUCCGCAUCUGCUUUGUUGCUGGAACCACAUUACUAAUAGCAGGUGCCCCAGGAAUCAUCGGUUCUGUGUGGUAUGCAGUCGACGUUUACGUGGAACGUUCUUCUUUGGUUUUUCACAACAUAUUUAUUGGCAUCCAGUAUAAAUUUGGUUGGUCCUGUUGGCUCGGAAUGGCAGGUUCUCUGGGCUGCUUUCUGGCUGGAGCUGUCCUCACCUGCUGCUUCUAUCUCUUUAAAGAUGUUGGAUCUGAGAGAAAUUAUUCUUAUUCUAUGAGGAAAGCCUAUUCAACGACAGGUGUUUCCAUGGCCAAGUCCUAUGUGGCCCCUCGGACAGAGACUGCCAAAAUGUAUGCUGUAGACACAAGAGUGUAAGAUGCCACUUAUCAAUCUGUUUAUAUAUUAUUUAAUCAAUAACUAUAGUCAUCUUAAUAAAGUAGUGUGUCAUCUCAGGAACAUUUAGACUUGAU